AUGACACAUUCCAAGUUGGUGGAGCUCCACGUCUUUUAUGUCCCAGAAGAAGUGUGGAAUUUCAAGCUGAAUACCAUUCCUGUAGCUCUUACUAGCAAAUUUAUCUCAGUUGGAUUUAUAAGGGUGUCUCCUCACAUCACAUUAAGAGUGCUACGGGAGAAGCUUGGAGAGUACCUGAGUGGAGUUGCAGUUGUGGAUAAAUUCAAGUUUUUAAAAUGCAUUGGGAAAAAACUGGCAGUGGUGAAUGCAAAGCAAGAAACAGAACUGGAACUGAAGUCAUUUGCUCCUCCUUACGCACUUCAUCCUGAAUUAUAUUUGUUACCCGGAGUGGAAUACUUUGAAGAUCCAUUGUCACCAUCAAUUCAACAAAGACAUCACUUCAAUGCAGAAGCUAAUAGGUUUGGUCAUGGAUCAGGAUUGUUCAGUCUUCCCCAAGAAACACCUGGAAGAAGUAAGCAACUUUUAGAAAACAUGGAAAGCAGUCAUCAGCUAGAAAAUCAGGAAGUGUGCAAUCCUGUGGGAUGGGGUGAGAAAGAACUUGUUCCACUUUUGCACACAAAACAUGAGCAAGAUCGUGACAACAGGAUUCAAGAAAAAUAAAUACAGUUUAGAGAAGAAGAUCGAAAUGGAUCCAAUGGCUCACUCUUCACAACAAGUCAUUCAAAUCCUGCAAGCUGGUAGUCUGGAAGGAGUGAUACAAUAUUACAGACCUCUCAGAAAAAUCAUCUCAGCCAAAAUCAAAAAGAGCAUAACACUCCUCAGAGGGAUGACAAAGGCAAAGAAACUGUGCUUACACUUUGUGUAAACCACAGUGAUGAAGAAGGCCAGAAACUAAUGAACGUGGAAAAUGACAACCACCAGAAGGAUACUGAACUAAGAAGAGACAACACACGGGACACUGGAAUCUUAAAAGAAGACCAAAUCACAGAAUAUGUACACAAAACCCAAAGCUUGCAGCCACACAGAACUAACAAUUCUGUAGCUGAUCCUAGUGAAAAGCUGGAUAAUCAGACAGAAGAAAACAAGCAAAAUCCUCUUACUUGUCUGAAAGAAUAUGUUUCACCUCUUAGUCCACCUUUUCUGUCACUUUCUGUAAAUCCAGCUCCUGCAAUUCAGGAAACAAGAAACAAGAUGGUAGAACAGUUGCAACAAAUGAAGAAAGACAGAAGACACAUGGGAAAAACUAGAGAAGAACUGAUCAAAAAAGCCAAAGGGUUACUGGAACAAUAUAAGCUGAGGAGAUACCACGAAUGGAAAAAGAAGUACUUUGAAACUAAGAAAGCUACUGCUGCACUGGAGGACACUUUAAACAAACUGCAACAAGAUUUAGAGCUUUACCACCAGAAGCUAGUCUUGCAGCUGGAAGCAAGAGAUAGUCAGAAACGACCAAACCCUAGGACAAGCUCCAAGGUAUUUGUUUGUAUUACUCAGUCUGUUUUUACACAGCCUCUGUGGGGUUUUUAUAAAAUAUAAAUUAAAGUAACAAAUUCAUCACUAACCAAUGACAUGUAGAGUAGUUUUAACAGCUAAACAUUGCUCAGUGAUCUGAGCUAUAGAAUUCCCUCAGCCCAUUCUUUUCAAAAAGACGGAAGUGCGGGAGUCAGAGCGUUUGAUUAUUUCUCCUUCAGGUUUAUUACAAUACCUUCUGGUAACAAAAUUCCCCUUUUUUCAGUAUGGUUAAU